AUGAGUCCCAAGAUCGGCAUCUUUCCGGCAUCAGGUGCUUUCGGCACCAGCAUCCUGAACCACCUGGCUAGGCUUGUCCCAGCAUCUCAGCUUGUUUUGAUCGCUCGGCGUCCCGAGAAAUUAGAUGACUUCAAGAAACAAGGUGCCACUGUCCGUUGGGCAGAUUAUGAUGAGCCCUCGUCAUUGGAGACGGUUUUCGACGGCGUGGAUAUCUUGAUGCUGGUAUCAUAUGCGUCUAUUGAAAUCGAGUACCGAGCCAAGGCCCAAAACAAUGCUAUUGAUGCCGCAGCCAAGAGUGGUGUUAAGCACAUCUUCUACUCAUCGCUCGCAUUCGGCGGCAAUUUGACCGACAAAAGUGUUGCCCAUGUAAUGGGUGCGCAUCUAGCGACGGAGAAGUAUUUAGCGUCGCAUCCAGGCAAUUUUACACACACGUUUAUUCGUGUAGGCAUCUACUCCGAAUCAUUCCCGAUUUACACAACGUGGUUCGACCUAAAAAACCCUUCAGAUGAGAUCAUGAUCCCUCACUCUGGGGGCGGACCUGGUGUUGCGUGGGCAAAGCGUGAUGAGUUGGGCGAAGCCACCGCGAAAUUGAUCGUCUCGUAUGUCGAAGAUCCCGUCAAAUUCAAAUAUCUGAACAAGGGGGUCCUGCUAUCUGGACCACGCGAGAUUACACUCGCGGAGACAGCCGAUAUACUAGGCCAGGCUGUUGGGAAGCCUGUCAAGAUUCGGGAGGUUUCGGUGGAUGAGUGGACUGCUCUGACUCCUCAGAAUGCCGAGUACCUUACCUGCCGAGGAGUUGAUCUUUCGAGAGAGUGGGCUACUGCCUGGGAGGCCAUUAAACAGGGCGAGACUGCUGUUGUGUCGCCGACCCUUAGGGAACUUUUGGGACGUGAGCCGGAGAGCUACGAAACCACAAUCAAAGAAAUGGCCAAGUAA